AUGCCACCCCUACUCACCACCCCAAUCUCCCUCCAAGAACGAGACACUUCCAAGUCCUACGUUGCCUUCAAUAGAGAUGCCGCCACCUGGUUUAAAGACGAGCAGACAGUCGAAGCCGCACUAUCGGACAUUAAAAACCUCAUUAGUAUUGCGAAGGAAGAGGAGUUUGAUGGACGUAGGCGUAAGACUGCUUUCGACCCUCGUGUUGCUCUCGCGGAGGAGACGUUGAGGCUUGGGGGGUGCGAGUUGAGGAAGGCGUUGCCGGGGGAAAGGAGGUUUAGUAGGCAGAUUACUGCGCCGGACAAUGGGUUGAAGCAGACGAAGCUGUGUUUUAAGCCGCUGAAGAAGGGGGGUGCCGGUGAAGGUAGUGGGGAUAGUGGGGCUGCAGGAGAACAUGCGGGGGGAGGGCUGGGUGAAGGACCGGUCAAGAAUCUCUAG